AUGCCACCCAAACUACCCAAACUACCCAAAUGUGCCAUCUGCCAGACUGCGGCGGCGGGAAAGUACAGGUGUCCGAUCGAUGAUGUAGACUAGUACGUCCCACACCACUCAACUCGACGAGGCUGCGAAGUGGUUGUUGAGCUGAGGCUAGGACGCAACGCACGUGCCCGAACGAAUGACUGAUUCUUUUUGGACUGUUGGUGGUGCAGUUGCACGGUCAAAUGUUUCAAGGAGCAUAAAGAGGAAGGGUGUACGGGAUCCACCAAGCCUGCGACGACUGAAGACGCGAUCAAGGACGGUGCGACGGCCGACCUGACGUCAACGGGCACGCGUAGGUCCCUCUCCGUGUCCUUGGAUCGAUGUUAGUCGGCUCAAGAGCUGACACUCACUCCCUCGAAUCCACUCCAAAAGCCACUGCCAAAGUAGAACCAGACAAAAAGGAACCCGUGCCAGAUCCCACACCCCAAGAACAGGUCAAGCACACCCUCAAGCUCGAAGCCGACGAUCGACCCCGGAAGAAGCUCAAGGACCUUCGCUGGCCUCCCGAACCGGAUGCAUCGAUCUUCUUGGACCCUUUAGCAAGGGACGAUGUCAAACCCUUACGAAGGAGGGAAUACGAAGCCAUCGGUACGCUCAGCGCAGUCUCCGAAUAUCGAUACACACCGGAACGCUGAGCCUGUUUUCAUAUCUCGUCGCAGCCACCUCUCCUACGAUCCGACGACUUCUCCUCACCCAACCUUCUCUCAUCCCAACACUAUCUCGUCUCCUAGCCAUCCCCACCGAACCUUCCAAUUCAUCCUACCACAAUCACUCUUCGCACUCCUUACGAGCCCCACCCCCACCAAGUGCACGCGAGACCUCCCUCCGCCUACUUCUCGAUCUUCCCGUAACUUCAGCACCGACGUAUUAUCGUCCUUCAGGAAGAACGGUCGGAGGGGAAUAUAGGACCGGAUCCCAUGUCUCGCAGCAGGGGAGGAAAGGGAAUGCGUUCGAAAGAGCGGAUUUGUUGGGGGGUGGUGCGGCGACGGGUUUGGUUUAUUCGACGCCGGAGGAAAGAAAGGAGGUGCAGGCGUUCGUUGAUGAGGUCGAGAAGCUGUUGAAUGAUGUGAGAAAGGAUGGGGGGUUUUAA